AGGGCCGGGUGGCUGCGGGCCCGGGGCCGGUCUGUUCCCGGAGGAGGGGGCCGUAGUGGGGUGGGGGGAUCACCGCCAGCAGCAUUCGGGGGUUUUCCCUCUCGGCCCCCCGGGAGGGCAGCGAGGGGAGCUGCGAGUGAAAUGGUUUUCGAGGGCUCAGAGGAGCUCCUGGUCCUCUGGCCUGGCUGUGAACCUCUGUAAUGCUUCUGCAUCCUCGGGUGAUGAGGAUAAUCAUGCCCCCCCUCCCCCGCGCGCAGGUAAGGGCAGUCCCCCAAAACCGCAGCCGGUGAGGGAGGACUCCAAGGUUUGCUCCAGAGCACAGCUGGCCAGGUCCUGGAUGUAGUGAUCCUCCCUGCACCUUUCUCGGUGUGACCCAUGUCAGGCUCUCCCCAAUUUUCUUGCAGGUGGCUGUGAAGCUCCCCCCCACCAGCAGCAAUGGAGCCCCCCUGCCUGCCCUGGCUGCAGAGCUUCGACAAGCCGUGCCGCCUCCUGCUCCACAUGCUUGCCUCCGGCUCCUCCGGGGUGCUGGCUGCCCUCCAAAUGCUGCAGCGGGUCCAGGCCCCUGAGGGACCGGGGCAGGCAUUUCCCUGGCAGGCCUUCACCGCAGCUCUCUGCGCCGAGGAGCCCACACUGGAGGAGCCGGAGGGGGCCCUGGCUGUCAAACCACGUCUGCUGCUGCUUCCUGUUGUGUGCCAGAGAAACCUCUUCUCCCUGCUCCUCGUGGUGCAAGCCGUGGUGCCGGGGGGCUGCCUCAGCCGGCUGCUCCAGGCCGUGGAGCAGGAUUCCCAUGUGGAUCCCUGGGUGCGGACGCUGGGCGAUCUGCUCCGGCAGGGAUCAGGGGGAGAGGAGUGCUCCCCACCUCCCGCUCCCUUGUCUUCCGCAUGCCAGCAGCAGCUUAGGUGCCUGUGCCAGAAAAUUGCCCAGAACAAACCAGAGGGGCGAAGAAAACUGAACUGGUGCUUCAGCAAGCAGCCUGGUACCGCUGGGGAUGUGGCUGACUCUGUGCUUCAAGGUGGGAAGCGCAAGAAAGUGUCGGAGGAGAGCCUGGAGUUGGAUGAGGAGAGAGAGAGGAAGAGGUUGCUGCUGGAGGAGGCAGCGUUUGACCCCCCGGGAACCCAGGAGAGUGGGGAUGCGGCAGGGGUGGAAGAGGAGGUGCCUGUGGAGCCUUCAGGCGACAGAUCUGCUGAGAGCCCAGCCGGAGCUGCUCCAGAAAGCUCCCAGCAGGAUGCAGCCAGGAAGCCCAGGAAGAUUUCCCAGGCAGAGCUGGCAGCAGAGGUCCAGUCCUUUCUCCAGAUGCACGGACAGAGGCUGAAAAUGCUGCUGCAGAAAGAGUCCAAUCACUCAGAGCUGAGUGUCCCACCCGAGCUGCACGUCCUGAACAACUGCUCUCCCGGCCAGCUCGAGGGGCUGUGCUCCUUCCUCCAGCUCUCCACAUGCCCAGAGCACCUCCUGGUGCGUUUCUGCAGCUGGCUGCUGGCUCUCACCCCCGACCUCAGCUACACCAGCACAGCCAUCCUGGCAGAGCAGCUCUUCCUCCAGCGAGUCCUGUCCCUCGCCCAGCCACCCUCUCGCCACCUCAUGGCUGCCCUCGCUUCAUUUUGCUCCAAGUAUUCCCAGCCUUUCUGUCGAGUCCUGGUGGCUGCAGUGCUGCGGGAGCCAGGGGAAGGUGCUGAGCAGACCAAGCUCGUGUGUGAGCUUGUGGAGGAGUGCCUGGAGCCAGACUGUGUGCGACUGGUGCUAAGCCAAGUCCUGGAGGUGCCUUUGUCAGAGAAGCUCCUGCCAGUAUUGCAGGCUGUGCUGGGGCGGCAGGAGGUGCUUCCCCCCAAGCUCUUUGAUCUCCUGGUCAUGACUCUGUGCCGGCAGGCUCCAGCCUUCGCCACGUCGCUGAAUUAUGCCAAGCUGGUGACAGCAGUGCUCACCAUGUACCAAAACCAGGUCACCCCAGCCCACCAGAGCAGUCUGGCUGCCGCUCUGGAUCGGAGCAAUGCGGCUCUGAAGAAGUCACUGCAGGCUGUGCUGGAAGGAGCCAGGUAAGCGCCAAAGGGAACCACAAGGCGAUGGCUUCCUUGGGCAGCGAAUGCUCGUUAGGUAGUGGUAGCUGCAGCCCAGUCCCUCACUGGGUUUCACCACCAGCGUGAUGGAGCACCAGCAAGCAUGGGCUGUGGCACACAGAGUGCCCACACCUCUGCCCGGGGCCUUGCAGCAGUGCCUUGUGCUCGGCUGGCCUGGUUUGAGGUGGACUAUCGCUGGGCGAUGCCAUCCCAGCCCCACCUGUGCCCCGAGGCUUGAAGAUGAAGGUUUUCUUGGUUAAACAAUGAAUACAUUUCCAGUCAUCUCUGUGUCUGCGCUGUCUCUGGGCUGCCUCUCAGCCUCGCCACACUCAAGAUGGCAGCUCCCGCCUUCCCGCCCUGCCACGCUCAAGAUGGCGCCUCCCUCCCCGCCUGUCCCAAGAUGGCGGCGGCGGAGGAGCUGUGGAGGGGCCGGGCUGCAGGAUGUUUCAGGGCAGGGGCUCCCUUCUCCCUCUCCCAACCUCCAGCGGUGUGGGCAUGUCCUGGGUUUGGCUGGAAUAGAGUUAAUUUUCUUUCUAGUAGCUGGUAUAGUGUUAUAUUUUGGAUUUAGUAUGAGAAUAAUGUUGACAACACACUGAUGUUUUUAGUUGUUGCUAAGUAGUUUUUAUACUAAGUCAAGGAUUUUUCGGCUUCUGGUGAUUUUUUAGCACCGCAAAGCCCUGGAUUGCUCCACGUUGGCACUGGGCCUGCGGGUGUGAGGGGUGGCUGGGCAGAGUAUAGCCUGGAGGGGGGUAAUUGCAUAAAGGUGACUCUUUUGUAGAUGGUUUGUGCCCAAAAGGUGGCUUUUUUGUAAUCAGGAAAACAAAAAAUCCAUUAUUUUUGCAUUAUUAAUGGAGUAAUGUUGGCACUCAAGUACUUGAAGAGAGCCUGAAGGUGGGCUGCAGCGAUCCUGGGUCCGAGGCCGGCUGCCAUUUCCCCUCAGAGAGGAAAGGUUGCCUGUUUUGCCUGCGUGUUCCCUUAUAAAAAAGGGUUUUCUGUCGAGCAGGUCCCCACGUUAUUGACUGGGCAGCGAGAAGUUGCAGAAGAAGCAGAAGCCCUUCUCUGCUUUCGGGUCCCCUCUGGUUUGAUGAGUGUGCUGGAUGACGUGAUGUCCCCUAUCCUGUGCCAGCAUCUCUGAUAACUUGUAAAUCUGAAGAGCACGAUCGAGCAUCCAUGUGUCUCACCAGUCUGGUUUGCAGGUGUCCCACUCGUUUGAAUCAACCUAUAUCCUCUUCGUGGUUAAAAAUGGAGCGACACGGCUGCAAUAUUUCCUGUGUGUACCUGCACCCUUGUUUUGUUUCUCACGGCUGAGAAGUACAAUGUCUUCCCAGUGUCAGCCCUUGAUGAAGCAGGUUGCUCCUUCCUGGCUCCAGGUCUGCAAAAGCUGGCAAACCUCCCUCCUUCCUCACAGUGGCAGCCUGGUAGCCAAGGCAGAGUCAUCUUGUCCAAAACCUUUAUAUUUCAAGUGUUUUUUCCAACGUUGUGGUGGCCCAGAGCACCUGGCAAGCAAUAUUGCAUGGUGGAGUUCACAGGUACUUAGUUCUUAAUGCCCUUAACGCCACUGAAUCAAGACAUAAACUGAUUUGAGGCUGUUUGAAGAUGAUAAUUCUGGACUAGGCUUAAUUGACCAUCAUGACUUUGUCUUGGCUCAAAGGAGGCAAGGCACAAGUGGUACGUUUUGUGCAUGUUGGCCUUUCUCUCUGAUGGCUAAGCUGAUUUUCAGGUGGUGCAGCAAUGAUCUGUUUAUUUGGUCUGCUGAGAUUUACAAAUCUCAGGAUGCAGAAGAGCGGGGUUUAGAUGAAGAACUGGUAAACUUGAAUUUUCCACAUUAAAUCUGCCUUUUUUUUCUUUUUUCCUGGGGCCUGCAAGCGGCCCUGCUCUGUGUCACAUUUCUGGUUUUCCACAUGGCGAUGAUGGCACUUGUCAUUGCAAGGUAUUUAAUGAUACACUAAUAGAAAGUGCUUCUAUAGCG